UCCUGCAUUCUGUCGAACAAUGAAUCUAUCUCUCUCUAUCUCAAGUUUCAACCUCCGCAAUCCAUCCGCCACCAACCACCCGUUGUUUUCUGGAAUCAUAAAAUUCCCCCUUGCUACUCAAUUUCUCUUUCCGUUUCACCCUCCUCGGCUCUCCGAUCUGUGGUUUCUGGCCACCCCGAUCUCCGACAAUCCCUAAAACAAAGGAGAUAGAAAGAAAAUCGUCUGUUCUCAUCCUCACCUUGGUGUUUCGGGAAGCUCUGAUCAUUGAAUCGCUUUCGCUUUUCUUACAUUGGGUUCGAAUAUGAAGAACACUAAGCAGAAGAAGCGGAGAAGGAGGCCCCGAGCAUCCAAUCCGGCCGAGAAAGGCGUUGUGGUGAACGAAGAAGUGGGGGAAAAAGUACCGGAGGCGUUAGUGGAGGCAUUCUCUUUGGUUUCUGUAGACGACGCCGUUUCGGCCUUCCGUAAAGCGAUUGGCGAUCGGGACAAAGCCGCGGAGAUAUUAGGCGCGAUCUCAGCGGACAGCGCCGAAGACCCGUCGACGCGUUCGACUUCGGGUGCGAGCUCGUCGGGUUCGUCCGUGGGUUUUGUCGAGACUGGCUGUGUUCAGAACGUGGUGAAAGGAAAGGAUUUCAGAGGGACUAAGCAGAAGAGAGUGGUUGCGGCUACUGGGACUGUUUCGACGGGGUUGGGAAAAGAGUACGUGAAUCCGAGGCCUCCAAGGAGGGACGUCUUGGAUGCCUCGACCAGGUUCAAAGGGCUUAGCAAUGCUUGCAUUGAGAUAGAAGAGGCUGAGCAAUUUCUGCGUUCGAUGCUCGGGGAUGAGUGUGAGCUCAGCAUGGAUGUUGUUAGAGAUGUUUUCUGUCAAUGUGGAUAUGACGUAGAAAAGGCCUUUGACACAUUACUCGAAUUAUCCGCUUCCACCUCUGAGCAGUCCAGCAAUGGUAGAUACCCUAAUGAUAGUGUUAACUAUAAAGAAGAUAUAAGAUUUCUCAUUGAACGCAAAGAUGGUUUUACAGAUAAGGCUUCUGAUUGUACUUCCCAUUCAUCUGAAAGUGAAUUCCAGGACAAUAUAUGGUCUAUGGGCUAUGGUUGUAGGAAUUAUUCUAAGGUUCUUACCAAUCCUGAAGCUGAUUCUCCUUCUAGAGCAAGAACUACCGAGCCAGAUCUUCCUCAAAAGGUGUUAGAAUCUCUGUUUAACAUCUCCAAGAGUCUUGAACAUGAACCAAAGAAAAUGAAUUGGAGGAAUUUGGUAAAGAAAAUGCAGUCAGUGGGUCCUGGGUUUAAUGUUUGUCCUUCUAGUGUUGCAGGACCUCAGCAAUAUACUGGAGCUAAAGGAGAGGAAUAUCACGUGUUCAGGCAGCCUUCGAAGCAACAAUGGGAUUCAAUGAGAUCUUGCUAUCAGAAAGCUGCAGUGGCAUUUUCCAAGGGAGAAAAACAGUAUGCAGCUUGCCUUUCUGAGCAGGGUAAGGCACAUACAAAAUUGGCACGGGAGGCAGAUGGAAAGGCAAGCCGUGAUAUAUUUAAAGCUAGAAACAAGGGCAUAGAAAAUGUGGUAACAAUUGAUUUACAUGGCCAGCAUGUAAAACAAGCUAUGCAGUAUGUAAAAGCCCACCUCCUUUUUGGAACAUAUGUGCCCUCUUUUCAAACCCUCAGGGUUAUCACAGGAUGUGGGUCACAUGGUGUAGGGAAGUCAAAAGUGAAACAAUCGGUUAUCAAACUUAUGCAAAAGGAAGGUAUAGAAUGGAGCGAGGAAAACCAGGGAACGUUGCUAAUCAAGCUCGGUGGAUCCAGAGAGUUCAGCUUUAUGGAUUCUGAAAGUGACACUGAGUAAAUUUACCCAACUUAGUUCAGAAAUACUCACCGCUAGUUUUUAACUUUUUCUUGUCUGAGUUGUUGUAUAACAAUAGAGAGUCAUGCCAUGCAGUGUUCUUGCUUAGGCCCCCAGUUAUGAUAUUAAUGUGGAAGCCUUUUCAUUCUGUAGGUAGCUGAAAGAUAAAAUUUAGAUAAGUUAAUUGAUAAUUGUGGUGCUGUUUCUAUCUGUUGUACAAUUAGCAUUGACCUAGAAAGUUAAUAAUGACAUGAUACAUGACUCUGUUCGCUUCAA